AUGGCGACUGUGACUUUUGAGAAUAUCUUCCAUGGCGAUGGUCCCGAUAUAGGAAAGUUACGUUUCAAUGCUGCUGGUUUCGGCUGGAAGACCUAUGCGAGUGAGGAAGCACCUACGACGUUUAGUGGUCAUGAUGUCAGGCAUGCUACUUGGCUCAGGGUCGCAAGAAAUUUUCAGCUCAGGUUAGCUAUGCGUCAAGCGGAGAAACCGAGGAUCACCUUCGAUGGGUUUAAGAGAGAGGAUCACGAUAAGGUGAAAAGAACUCUCGAUGAAUUCUUCAACAUCAAGAUGGAAACGAGAGACACGAGUUUAAAAGGGUGGAAUUGGGGUAAAGCGCAGGUACAAGGUAACGAUAUCACUUUCCAAGUACAAGGUAAAACAGCUUUCGAAAUCCCUUUAUCCACCGUUGGUAAUUCCAAUAUCGCCGGUAAAAACGAAGUGGCCUUGGAGUUCAACCCUCCCCCACCAUUCCCUCAUGAUCCCAAGGACCUAUCCAAGAGGGUGCCCGACGAGUUGGUUGAAAUGAGAUUCUACAUCCCCGGAAAAAGCAUGAAGUCUAAGGGUAGCGAUGCCGGUUCAGAUGGGGAAGAAACGGAUUUAGAUGAGGAUGGAAAUGAGGUGUCGGCGGCGGACGCUUUCCAUAAUAUGAUCAAAGAGAAGGCGGAUAUAGGCGCUGUGGUAGGGGAUAGUAUUGUGGUGUUCGAAGAUAUCCUGGUACUCACGCCAAGAGGUCGAUUCUCCCUUGAAUUCUAUCCCGAUUCCCUUCGCCUCCUUGGUAAAUCGACAGAUUACCGAGUGCCCUUCACUUCCAUUCACCGUAUAUUCCUCUUACCCAAGCUCGAUGACCUACAUGUUCAGCUCGUACUCGGUUUAGACCCUCCUAUCAGACAGGGUGCAACCCGAUAUCCAUUUUUGGUAGCUCAGUGGCCCAAGGACGAAGAGGUUGAUGCGGAAUUGAAUCUAUCUGAUGAGGAACUCGCCAAAUACCCCGACUUGCAACGUAAAUACGAAGCACCCACUUUCCAAGUGAUCUCCAGAGUACUCAAAGCUCUAACAGGAAAGAAGGUCACCCCACCGGGGAGUUUCAGGACGGCUCAAGGUCUGAAUGGUCUGAAAGCGAACGUGAAAGCUGUUCAAGGAGAAUUAUACUUCUUGGAGAAAGGUUUGAUCUUUAUCGCCAAACAACCUAUAUUGAUCGAUUUCUCCAAGACCGAAAGUAUCUCUUUCUCACGUGUCGGAGGAGGUAUAGCAUCAGCAAAGACAUUUGACAUGCGAGUAGUAUCCAAGACGGAGGUUGCCGAUCAUGUGUUCACAGCUAUUAGUAAAGAAGAGGUUCAACCGAUAAGUGCAUUCUUGAAGCAGAAGAAUAUUAAAUUGUUGAAUGAGAUGGAAGAGACUGUGAUGGAUAUUGAUGAACCUCUGAGUGACGAGGACGAAGAGAUGGAAUCUAUCGCCUCGGAAGAUGAAGAUUCAGGAAAGAAGAGCAAAAAGGAUAAAGGGGGAAAGAAGGCUAAGCCCUCAGUACAGGAUGAUGACGAUGAGUCUGAUGACGAAGAUUUCCAAUCUGAAUCUUCCGAUGGAGGAUCACCUUCUGAAUCUGACUCGGACGAAGAUGAGAGUGGUAUGGCAUCCGAUGCCAGUGAUCCGUUGAUGGAGGAGUUGAAGAGGAAACAAGCCAAGAGGGCCAAGAAGGAUAGUGGUAGUGGGAGUGAUGCGGAGAAACCUAAAGCCAAAAAGGCUAAAAAAGGGGAUUAG